AUGUCGGAUCAGUACAACCAAGACAAGUUGAACCAGGAUUUCCAAAACGCAUCGCUUGGUGGAAACCAGCCUCAACAGCAACAACAACAACAAUCGCAACAGCAACAGCAACAGCAACAGCAGCCAUACCAGAGCUACUAUGAUCCCAACCAGGCCCAAGCUUUUGUCCCAUCUGGUGGAUACCAACAAUUCCAAGCUUACCAGCCAGGACAACAACAACAACAACAACAACAGCAACAGUAUGGUGCUUACAAUGGUGGACAAGGUGGAUACAACAACAGAGGAGGAUACCAACAGUACAAUAGCAGAGGUGGCUAUCAGCAGUACAGCAAUAACAGAGGCGGAUACCAGCAAUAUGGAGGAUAUCAGCAAAACCAACCAUAUGGUGGAUACCAGCAACAGCAAUCAUAUGGUGGUGGAUAUCAAGCUUACAACCCACAAGCACCUCAGCAGGCACCACCUCAACAACCAACUGGUAUGUCAUUGGCAGAUUUUGAGAAGCAAAAAUCAGCUCAACAAUCAUCUUUGAACAAACCAGUCAAGAAGACUUUGAAAUUGGCUCCUUCUUCGGGUAUCAAAUUGGCCAAUUCGGGCAAGAAAGACGACGCUAAUGCAACUCCACCUGCUGCCUCAAAAGAAUCAUCACCAGCUCCUAGUGUAGAUGAGAAGAAGAAGAAAGCUACCGAUGAUAGUAAGGAGACCAAGAAGGAAACUGGUGCUUCGACUGACAAGACUGCCAACGCCUCGGCUUCAGCACCAGUGGAUAAAUCAGCAGAAAAGCCAAGUAAAGAAUCUACACCCACACCAAAGGAGACCACCCCUGCUCCAGCAACAAAAUCAAAAUCUUCAUCUGCUGCUGCACCAGCAAAAGCCUCGGGAUCAGCAGCAGCAGCAGCAGCAGUAACUGCUGACACGGUAGCCAAGGAGCAAGAAGACGAGGUCGAUGAAGAAGUUGUCAAGGAUAUGUUUGGAGGAAAAGACCACGUGUCAAUCAUUUUUAUGGGUCACGUUGAUGCUGGUAAGUCCACCAUGGGUGGUAACAUUUUGUACUUGACUGGUUCUGUCGACAAGCGUACUGUUGAAAAGUAUGAAAGAGAAGCCAAAGAUGCCGGUAGACAAGGUUGGUACUUGUCGUGGGUCAUGGAUACCAACAAGGAGGAAAGAAACGAUGGUAAAACUAUUGAAGUUGGGAAAGCAUACUUUGAAACUGACAAGAGAAGAUACACCAUAUUGGACGCACCUGGUCACAAGAUGUACGUUUCUGAAAUGAUUGGUGGUGCUUCACAAGCAGAUGUUGGUAUUUUGGUUAUUAGUGCUAGAAAAGGUGAGUAUGAGACUGGGUUUGAAAAAGGUGGUCAAACUAGAGAACAUGCACUUUUAGCCAAAACGCAAGGUGUCAACAAGAUUGUUGUUGUUGUCAACAAAAUGGACGAUCCAACUGUCAACUGGUCACAAGAAAGGUACAAUGAAUGUACGACCAAAUUGGGUGUCUUUUUGAAGGGAAUUGGCUACAACAAGGACGAUAUCAUAUUCAUGCCCGUAUCUGGAUACACUGGUGCUGGUUUGAAAGAUAGAGUCCCCUCCAAAGAUUGCCCAUGGUACACUGGUCCAUCAUUAUUGGAAUUUUUGGACAACAUGAGCACUGUUCAUAGAAAAAUCAAUGGGCCAUUUAUGUUGCCAAUUUCGGGAAAGAUGAAGGAUAUGGGUACUGUUGUUGAAGGUAAGAUUGAAAGUGGACAUAUCAGAAAGGGGGGUAGUUUGUUGAUGAUGCCGAACAAGACACCUAUUGAGGUUAUCACAAUCUACAAUGAAACUGAACAAGAAUGUGAUACUGCAUUCAGUGGAGAACAAGUUCGUUUGAAGAUCAAGGGGGUCGAAGAGGAAGAUUUGCAACCGGGUUAUGUGUUAACUUCACCUAAAAACCCAGUCAAAACAGUCACCAAAUUCGAAGCACAAAUUGCCAUUGUUGAAUUGAAAUCCAUUUUGUCUAAUGGGUUCUCGUGUGUUAUGCAUUUACAUACUGCUAUUGAAGAAGUUACAUUUGUUGAAUUGAAGCACAAGUUGGAAAAGGGAACCAAUAGAAAGUCCAAGAAGCCGCCAGCAUUCGCUAAAAAGGGUAUGAAGAUUAUUGCCGUUUUGGAGUGUAAUGAAUUGGUUUGUGCUGAAACUUAUAAUGAUUAUCCUCAAUUAGGAAGAUUUACAUUGAGGGAUCAAGGUACCACUAUUGCUAUUGGUAAGAUUACAAAAUUGUUGAAAUAG